CAACUUUAUCGGAUUGCGGCUUCAACCCUCAAAAUUUUCAAAAUUCCUGCCGGUUUCCGUUCCCUUUCCUUCUCAACACUUCCGGCCAUCCCGUUCGACUGUCCUCACCAUCAGCUGCCUUUCCUUUCGGGUCCGGCUGGUAGCUUGGCUCGUGUUCGCUGUAUUCAAGGUGCUACAGGGUCGCAUCGGGAGGCCAUCUCUGGAGGAGCAGUCGCCAGGGCCAAAACGCAAUUGUGUCUGUCUUGGCUUUUUCCCACUAUUGAGCUCAGCACAUAACGAGAAGUCAACUACACUCUCCCGAGAUCAACCGCACCACUUUCUUCCGGAACCGCAGCGCUACUUAGUCUCGAGCGAUGCCACUUACGGUCUCAUAUGGUGCGAGCACCGACAUUGGCCGACGCGCCUCCCAACAAGAUGCCUUCCUGAUACACCCUUCCGCGAUCCCCUCAAACCCACAUCCAACCUACCUCUUUAUCAUCCUGGACGGCCACGGCAGUGAAGGAACAAAAGUCGCACAGUUCGUCAAAGAGCAGUUCGCCGCCGUCGUUGCGCAACACGCGGAACAGAUAUUAGCAGGGGACCCGAAAACCGCGUUCACGAACGUGUUUCGUCUCGUGAACGAGAAACUGGAGGAUGAGCAGAGCAUCGAUACGUACAUGUCGGGAUCGACCGUCGCGUUGGUGUUGCUGGUAGGCGAGACGCUUUAUGUGGCGCAUAUUGGCGACAGUCGCGUGGUCCUGGGACGGACGGAGGCCCAGGGCGGCCUGUCGCUCCGGCCGUUGACGAGAGAUCAUAAUUGCACAGAUCCAGGAGAGUACGAGAGGGUGACAAAAGCCGGGGCGAGAGUAGAGAGCUUACCAACGGAUGGCAAUACCGACGGACCCCUGCGGAUCUUCAAGGGCACGUUGCCAUAUCCUGGGCUAGUGGUGACCAGAACAUUAGGAGACAACGUGGCCCGCCGCCUAGGAAUAACGUGCGAACCAGAAGUCGACGUCGUGACGCUAACCCCCUCGGAUCGGUUCCUCGUAAUGGCCACCGACGGCGUGUGGGACGGAGUAACCGACGACGACAUAAUUAAAGCCGUCAGCAGCAACGCGGACGCGACAUCUGCCAGCAACUACAUAACGCAAGCGAGCUUGGCUGGCCUCGACCGACUGAGCUUGGAUGAUAAUACCACUAAUAUCGUGUUGUAUUUCUCGUGGCAAUAGCCACCGCGCUAUCCACCCAUCACAACUGUUACUUGCCGCAUUUUCGACAUGAACUUUGGACUUGGAUUCAAUCGUCAAUGGGAUAUUAGUUUUACAUCAACUGUGCCAGUAUCAUGAUAGCUUAGGUGCUUCCCCUUCCAUAACGCUCAACCGGUGAGGAAGGUUACCUUCACCCUAUGUAUAAUAUCGUCCCUAUUUUUUUGGAAUCUUUUCCUUCAAAUAUACCCCCCUCAAACGUUUUCCGAAU